CACGAUGGUCGCACAAGAAUGUGAUACAGCCUCGACGGCCGCCAUUUUCUUUCUUUCUUAGCAGUUGGCUGAGAGGUCCCUGCGAAGAAGCGGUAGCGGCCACUGUAGAGUAGGCAUGGCAGAUUAUUCAACAGUGCCUCCACCCUCCUCUGGCUCAGCUGGUGGUGGAGGCGGCGGCGGCGGUGGUGGAGGAGUUAACGAUGCUUUCAAAGAUGCGCUGCAGAGAGCCCGACAGAUUGCAGCAAAAAUUGGAGGUGAUGCUGGUACAUCACUGAAUUCAAAUGACUAUGGUUAUGGGGGACAGAAAAGACCUUUGGAAGAUGGAGAUGGCUCUUGGACAAGUCCGAGCAGUACAACACACUGGGAGGGAAUGCCCUCUCCUUUUAAAGAUCAGCCAGAUGCUAAGAAAGUUGCUCCUCAAAAUGACUCUUUCGGAACACAGUUACCACCGAUGCAUCAGCAGCAAAGCAGGUCUGUAAUGACAGAAGAAUACAAAGUUCCAGAUGGGAUGGUUGGAUUUAUAAUUGGCAGAGGAGGUGAACAGAUCUCACGCAUACAACAGGAAUCUGGAUGCAAAAUACAGAUAGCUCCUGACAGUGGUGGUCUUCCAGAAAGGUCUUGUAUGUUAACUGGAACCCCUGAGUCUGUCCAAUCAGCAAAACGGUUACUGGACCAGAUUGUCGAAAAAGGAAGACCAGCCCCUGGCUUUCAUCACGGUGAUGGGCCAGGAAAUGCGGUUCAAGAAAUCAUGAUUCCAGCUAGCAAAGCAGGAUUAGUCAUUGGCAAGGGGGGAGAGACUAUUAAACAACUUCAGGAACGGGCUGGAGUUAAAAUGGUUAUGAUCCAAGAUGGACCUCAGAACACUGGUGCUGACAAACCUCUUAGGAUUACAGGGGACCCAUACAAAGUUCAACAAGCCAAGGAAAUGGUGUUAGAAUUAAUUCGUGAUCAAGGUGGUUUCAGAGAAGUUCGAAAUGAGUAUGGGUCAAGAAUAGGAGGAAAUGAAGGAAUAGAUGUCCCCAUUCCAAGAUUUGCUGUUGGCAUCGUAAUAGGAAGAAAUGGAGAGAUGAUUAAAAAAAUACAAAAUGAUGCUGGUGUUCGAAUUCAGUUUAAGCCAGAUGACGGAACGACACCAGAUAGAAUAGCACAAAUAACAGGACCUCCAGACCGAUGUCAACAUGCUGCAGAAAUUAUUACAGACCUUCUUCGAAGUGUUCAGGCUGGUAAUCCUGGUGGACCUGGACCUGGUGGUCGAGGAAGAGGUAGAGGUCAAGGCAACUGGAACAUGGGACCACCUGGUGGACUACAGGAAUUUAAUUUCAUUGUUCCAACUGGGAAAACUGGAUUAAUAAUAGGAAAAGGAGGUGAAACCAUAAAAAGCAUAAGCCAACAGUCUGGUGCAAGAAUAGAACUUCAGAGAAAUCCUCCACCUAAUGCAGAUCCUAAUAUGAAGUUAUUUACAAUUCGUGGCACUCCACAGCAAAUAGACUAUGCUCGGCAACUCAUAGAAGAAAAGAUUGGUGGCCCGGUAAAUCCUUUAGGGCCACCUGUACCCCAUGGGCCCCAUGGUGUCCCAGGCCCCCAUGGGCCUCCUGGGCCCCCUGGGCCUGGAACUCCAAUGGGACCAUAUAACCCUGCACCUUAUAAUCCGGGACCACCUGGCCCUGCUCCUCAUGGUCCUCCAGCCCCUUAUGCUCCUCAGGGGUGGGGAAAUGCAUAUCCACAUUGGCAGCAACAGGCCCCUCCAGAUCCAGCUAAAACAGGAACAGAUCCAAAUUCAGCAGCUUGGGCUGCUUAUUAUGCUCACUAUUAUCAACAACAAGCACAGCCACCGCCUGCAGCUCCUGCCGGUGCACCAACUACAACCCAAACCAAUGGACAAGGUAACUAUGGAGAUCAGCAGAAUCCAGCUCCAGCUGGACAGGUUGAUUAUACCAAGGCUUGGGAAGAGUACUACAAGAAAAUGGGUCAACAAGGGCAGACACAAGAUUAUUCAAAGGCUUGGGAGGAAUAUUACAAGAAGCAAGGUCAAGCAGUUCCUGCCCCUACUGGUGCUCCACCAGGUGGUCAGCCAGAUUAUAGUGCAGCCUGGGCUGAGUACUAUAGACAACAAGCAGCCUACUAUGCCCAGACAAGUCCCCAGGGAAUGCCACAGCAUCCUCCAGCACCUCAGUGCCUUCCCAGACCUUCCACCUUAGGUUCUGCUGCAAAAAGCAACAGUGCUGAAGAUGCUGCAAGCACCAAAUCAUAGCUCAUAAAAUCAGGUCCUGAGAUAGUUACCCAUAAGAGGAAUCCUUUGAGUGUAUGCCAUUGGUGAGCCGAUGAGCAUGGACCAUAGAAGGGCUCAAUGUAGAAGGUAAAAUUGGCAAAUCAUAAUUGAGAAAAAUGAAAUGUUUUCCCAUACAUAAUAUAUGGUAUAGGGUGUAAUGUACCUGCUUUGAUCACUUUUCAUUUUAAAGUGCUAUUCACUUGAUCUUAAAUGUUCCAUGAACUGUUAAAUUUUGAAAGUUAUGUAGUUAUCGCACCACAUUUAUGUGUGUGUAUGUGUGUUUUAAUAGUCAAUGAUAGGUAUGUUAAGAAUGAUAAUAUUAAGGAGCUCUUUGAACCUUAAGAGCCUGUCAAGUUUUGGUUAGUUGUAGUUUGCAUUUUUAUAAAAGAAAAUACAUAUGAAUGCUAAUAGAUAUUGGGGCAUUGUUUCUAUCUCAUGAGAAUUUUUUUUAUUCAUUAUCAUAAGCCUUCACUGAUACUGCAAGCAUUUUUUAAAUGGCGCUAAUCUUAACCUUGAAAUAAAUGGAAAGCAGAAAAGGUGAGCCAGUUGAUUUGAAUGCAAUGGAUGUUAGGAGUGGUAGAAAGAAUGUUUAGCUUGAAAUUGAUUUAUUGAGCACUUAAACUUGACAAUGUUUUUGUUUUUAAGAUUUCUUAGUGUGGUAGUACUUAGAAUUCUUAUGGUUUGAUGUUUCUUUUAGAAAUGGGAAGUAUACUUUUAAUUAAUGAGAAUGGUUUUAAUACUAAAACUAGUGGUUUAAUACUAGUUGUUUAUGAGCAUUGUAAAAUACAUCCUUAGACAGAUACCUUAGUAGUUAAUUUACAGGAGUGGGUUUGGAUAGGAGUAAACAGAGUGAGUACCUUAAGAAGGAAAUAGAAAUGUAUUCAAAGUGAUAACAUUUGUUUGAAUACUCUGCCAGGAGAACCACUUCUACCUGCAAAGUUAUGUUGUCUAGAAGAAGGUUGUAGAAAUUACUAAUUAAUGAAGAUGUCUUUAUUUUCUGAAAAUUCUGCCUCACUUUAAAAUGUAUUUUAACAGUACCUAAAGAUAAUUUUGACUCUGAAAAUAACCUUAUUUUUUGUUUAGUCACUUGAGUUUUCUUGCCACAGUAAACUUUUGAGGGAUUUUUUUAAUUUGGUGCUUUUAAGAAAGCAAAUAAGUCCCAGGAUUUUAUUUUCUUCAGUGAUACCCCUAUAGAAACUCUUAAAUGUAUUUGCACAUAUAUAUAUAUUUUUUCUUAUGCAUGCUCAAUGCAUUUUCGUCCUGAGAAAAGUGUUCUCUACAGAAACUACCCGUGUAAAAAGAAGAUUGGCUUAAAAUGGCUACUGUGAUGGGAACAGUGUCUUAGGGAGAUGCAGCUUGGACUUGAGGUAAAUUGAAUACUUUACAAACUGUGGUUUAGAGUUUGCUUUUAAUACCAUUGUAUGUAAAAGGGUACAUGAUUGCUGUAAUUUUGUAUUGAUUAUGGUUUCCUCAAUAAAAAAAUAAAUGUACAUUGGUGAAUAUUAUAAGGGAAUGUUCGUCUCUUUUCUAAAAUACUGAAAGACAUUUUUUUAAAUACAGAAGUGACUUUAUUAUGGGUUUACAUUGUAAAAUAAAAUUGUCUUCCAGACAAUUAAAAUAUAAAACAACUCGAUUAGUACAUGGUUGCUAAUUAUUUACAAACUCACUUUAAAAACUCAAAAUUGAAGAUUGUGCCAUUUUUCCCUAAAUCUAAUUCUAGAUCUUGAAAUCUUUGAUUAUGUUGAAAUUGUUUUCUCCUGCAUGAACUAUUAAUACAAAGUUUUCUCAUUAAAAUAUAAUUUGUUCAGGCAAGGUCACAACAUAAAUUUGCUUUAUAAGCUUGAAUAUAUAUCACACACAUUUGAAAAGUACAUUUGAUAGUCUCAACACUCAGAACUCUGUAUUAGGCAGUGGUUUCCAUCAGAUUUGCUCUGGCAGUUGUUUCUUAAAAGUCUUUAAAUUUUUUGUUUUCUCCACACAGAGGGAGAAAUGACACCCCUACCCCCUCAUAUCUCUGUUUCAGAAAGACUGAAACUACAACAACCAAAAUGAUAAACUACUGAGGAAAAAAGCCCAAUCAAAUUGAUAGGUUCCAAAUUCCUUAACUCAGCUAUUUCAGACUAAUUUUAGGUGUGAAUAGCUCAUAAGUGGUAUUCUUUCAUGCAAAAUACGUCCAAUUUAUGAUUUUUUAAAACAAUUGCUGGGGCUUCCCUGGUGGCACAGUGGUUGGGAGUCCACCUGCCGAUGCGGUGGGGAUGCGGGUUCGUGCCCCGGUCC